GCACCUCUCCAGAAUAAACGUGUGUAAAAAAGACCAGGCAAAUUGAGUGGCACGGCUUCGUCUGGCUUGUGACUGCUGCCCUGCAAGGGUUGCGUGUUGAUCCCACGACGAACAGAUCACAACCAAAAAUGAGCACCGUAGAAGAGCAGGGAGGGUAUACAACAAAAACUGAUGUGACAAUGUGCAGGCAAUGGACAAGAUAAGUAAAGUGUCCAUGUAUACACACACUCGAGCCAGAAUGUCGGGUCUGUCCAGUCCAGCCCGGCUUUAGUUCUGUCCAGGGCCGGGUGGGGAGGGAAUCAACAGACAAGUCGUCGUCAGGCAGCAGCAAGAAACCAUCCAAGACAAGCAGACAAAUAGUCACACAAGCCAAGAUGCCUAGACAAACAAGCAGCCAAGCCACAUGCGUAUGCCAGUCAAACGUCUUGGGGAGUAGUCUCUCACACGGCCGCUGUGUCAGGGAUCUCGCGGCUCGAGCGCAAGGCUGGGGAGGAGGUAGUGUUGGAGGUGGAGGAGGACGAGGGGUUGGGAUGAGAUGAGAUGGUAAGGGUAGUAGUAUAGUUCAGUCGUCUUGGUAAGUUGACAGACGGGGGAUACUAUGGCAGUAAAAGGAACAGAACGACAGAGAGACAGAAAAAGAGAGAGACGAAAAUCACA